AUGUUCCGCAUGCAACCUCUGUACGGCGCAAUCGAUUUCGAUGCGGGACUAUCUACGUUACUUCACCACUACCAAGCUGAGACUGUGCAGAUCCUACUGAGUUUCUUGCGUCUCAACGUUGCAGUCGUGCCGCUACCCAACAAACACUGCGCCACGUCCCAUGAUUAUGAAAAAAGAAACCGCGAGUCAACAAAACUUGUUUUUCAUUCGCUAGUUCAGCUAAGCCAACUGGAUUGCAUACAGAAAAGAGAGCUGUUCGGUGUUAAGGCAAGCUAUCGUACAAGUACCAAGAAUGCCAGACCGUCUAGUUUCCAAUCUCGCGUUGGUGCUACAACUGGCGUUGGAGGAGUUUGCGACGAACUAGAAUCUCUUUCUAAAGAGUCUUUGAUCGCUCUGAUUCGCCAACACCGAGCAUACAUCGAGCGCUUGGAAGAAUUGCCUCCAUCAUUGACCCCGAAGCCAACCACAACAAAGCCAUCAUUCGGUGAUCCAAAAGGAUAUUUCCAGAUAUUUGGCCUCGAUCCUAUAACUCCAGAGAACAUCGAUGAGAUCUUGGCCCCCUAUUAUCGUGCCUUAGCAUUAAAAUGGCACCCGGACAAAAAUGGCGAUGACCCUGAGAAAACGCAGAAGUUUAAGAAGCUCCAGACCGCAUAUGAGGUACUUUCAGAUCCUGAACAACGCAAUCGCUACUUGAAUUCUGGCCUUUUCUAA